AUGGCGCAUCCUGCUGUCUUGAGCCGCCACGUACCUAUAAAGAGUGAGGCGACCGAAGAGGAGUACGUUCUUCAGGAAGCGUUUAUACAAAUUUCGGGCAAAAACGAUGUGCUGCUCAAUAAACUCAGGAGCAGUGAAGAGGAAGGCCCAGGAUUCGGAAACAAAAACACAUUCCUGGUGAAAAACGAGCCCAUUGAUGAAGAACUUCUGGCGUAUGGCAGCUUGGAACAGCCCCCCAGUCCAAGUGAGAGCAUCCACUUUGAAACCAUUAUUAAGGAAGAGGUCCCAGAGCUUCCCACGGACGUCAACGAAAACUGCGACGAUGAGGAAAGUUUGCUCGAAAGAGUAAGUGAUAGAGAUAGUAGCUGCCACGAUGACGAUGACGAUGAGGAGGACGAUGAGGAGGACGAAUACGUGGAGUCUCAAGAUAGUUCUGAGUACUCCGAAAACGAAGGCUCGGGUUCAUUCAAGUGCUCCCGUUGUCCCAAGAGCUUUAGAUUUGCCAAAAACCUCAAGAAACACCUAAACGCUCACCCGUCUGACACGGGAAAGCGAACCUACAAGUGUAAACACUGCCAAAAGGUCUAUACGCAAAGAGCACGCUACAAAAAUCACCUUUCUACCGACCAUAAUGAUGAGGAUUCGGAACUAGAAUGUAACUCCGAUGACGAAAAGAUUUACAAAUGCGCUCGUUGCCCCAAGACGUUCAAAUAUUUGUCAAAUCUGCGAAAACACGCCCGGAUGCACACUGCCGGGCUUCCCUACAAGUGCAAACGCUGUCAUAUGACCUUCUCCCAAAAAGCCCGUUACGAGACACAUAAGCGUGUUCCCCACAAAGCGGAUGGAACGCCUAUGGAUCGCCCAUUCAAGUGCCCAAAGUGUGAAAAAAGGUUUAAAAAGGAAAUCCAAAUGGUUCGUCACGCUCGGAGCCAUAAAUCUAGGAAAAUGGCCAGGGGUAAGACAUCCUUAAAGGAGGAUGUGAGUACAGAUUCGGAGGUAUCGGAAGAAGAUGCCGAAUGUUUUUCAAAAGAACUCCAGGACGACGGCACAUAUAGGUACAAGUGCCGAUUUUGCAACAAAAGUAUUAAACACAAGUGGAAUUUUAAGAGGCACCUUCUUCGCCACGCGGAAAGUCGUUCUUAUAAGUGCGACCGAUGCGACGCAGCCUUUUUCAACGAAAAACGCUACAAUAAGCACUUAUUGCUGAUCAAACCUGAUGGAAAGUGCCCGUCUGCUUCCUUUCAGUGCACUCAGUGCCUGGCGACUUUUGAAUCGCAUCAAUUUCUGACUCGCCACGUCCGGAGACAUGACCCAAACUGGUGGCACGAAUGUCUCAUAUGCCAGAAAACGUUUCAGAGCGCCAGUGGCCUCAGGAAACAUCACAAAGUUCAUAUUUUUCCUAGAGAGCCCCCGAAACAACAGGCGCUUUCACACCACUGCAGCGUUUGUUCGAAAUCCUUCGCGGCAGCUGGGCACCUGUUAAUACACAUGCGGGUGCAUACGGGCGAAAGGCCAUUCCAAUGUACUGAAUGUGCAAAAAGUUACAAACAGAAGGGGCAACUCGCUGCGCAUAUGCCCACCCAUACCGGAGAGCGGAAGUACAAUUGUGUACAGUGUACCAUGUCGUUCACAUACAAAUCUUCACUCAAGCGGCAUGUAAUGAGCGUACAUAGUAAUGGGAUGCCGUUUGAAUGUCCGGAUUGCGAUGAAACCUUUGAUUCAAUGUAUAGGAUGCGGGAGCACAAGAAAACCCACUCCACUGAGCGUUACAAGUGCUCCGAAUGCCCAAUGACCUUCGUGUCGGAACACGGCCAGAAAACACAUAGGCUGAUUCACCUAAAACCACCUGUUCCAGCUAAACGAUUCCAAUGCCCUCACUGCCCCAAGACCUUUGCCAGAAAUCAAGGGUUGAAGAUGCACAGGAUAGUCCACGAGAUGCCCAGCUCUGCCAAAAAAAAACCCGAAAUAGAAUACGCAACCGAAUCCUGAGAGCUAAGUUUAAAAACAUUAUUUAUUUUUACUUUAAGAAUAAUGUUUACUAAUGUAUCCCCUAUUUUGUACAGCAAGCUUUAUCCAAUAAUAUCAGGGCCAAUUGAAGCUGGAAUAGGCCCGUAUUAUUUCGCUGAAAA